UGCCGUAGUAUUACUUAUGCAACACAUUUGCUUUCCUGAACGUUUUUUAUUAUUAUUUUUUUUCAUCUCCGUGCACACAUUGCACUAAAUAUUUUUUUCCCCCCCGAAUUAGUACUGAAUGUACUGAAGCCUCGAUACAGUACGUCCAUCACUACUAAAUCUUCUUAAACUCGUCUCGGUGUACGUCGGUUGACGCUUCUCAUUCUAUUUUAGCUUAGCUUAGCUUAGCUUAGCUAACGAAGAGAUGGGUUUGUUGUCAACACAUCGCUCAUCGGAGAUCAACUGUGGGCGUAAAGUGGUGUGAUUAUCGUGUGAAAUGUGUGCGAAAGGUGUGAAAGAAGAGGAACUUUUUUUGAGGGGUGGGGGGGAGGAAUUAAAGCGGAGAAGGCGCGACAACAUCAACUAAUUAACGCAGCUUAGAAGAAUCCUCGAAAUUGUGUUAUACGGAGCAGACAACAGUGAAAAAGAUCGUUGUCUUGAGCGGCAGGAGUGGAGCUCCAGGAUGGAGCAGCAGGAGCUGGAGCCACGCCACAUUAAAGAGGAAGAGGAGCCAGUGGACUUCCAAAUGAAAGAGGAAGAGGAAGCAGAACCACCGCGCAUUAAAGAAGAAGAGCAGGAGGAGGGUAUCACCAAGUUUGUAUUGACUGGUGUCAUUAUAAAGUGUGAAGAAGGUAAUGAUGACCACUGUGGAGAAUCUCAAUUAGGCAGCCUUUUAGCUCCAGUCUCAGAUAGUGACAACAUAACGUCACUGUCUGAUGAUGAUGAUGAUGAUGAUGAUGAUGAUGACGACGAUGGUGAUGAUAAUGAUGAACAGCACUCUAAAGGUUAUAUGACAUGUCACACUGGCAACAAACGAGUGAAAUGUGCUCAGUGUGACAAAACAUUUUUCAACAAGUCAUCGUUGAAAACACACACAAGAACACACAGUGGAGAAAAACCCUUUGCGUGCUCAGUUUGUGAUAAAAGGUUCACCCAGAAGGGACAGUUAGUGGCACACGCAAAAACACACACUGGGGAGAAACCUUUUGUCUGCUCAGUUUGUGGGAAAAGAUUCUCGAGAAAUGGAGAUUUAAGAACACACAAAAGAACACACACUGGGGAGAAACCCUUUGUCUGUUCAGUUUGUGGCAAAAGCUUCACGAAAAACACAAAUUUAAAAGCACACCAAAGAACACACACUGGUGAGAAACCGUUUGCCUGCUUAGUAUGUGGUCUUAGGUUCACUCAAAAGACAAAUUUAACAACACACACAAAAUCACAUGCUGGAGCGAAACCUUUUGCUUGCUUAGUUUGUGGGAAAACAUUCUAUACAAAGUCCAAUUUAGCAGCACACACAAGAUCGCAUGCUGUAGAGAAACCUUUUCCGUGCUCAGUUUGCGAUAAAAGAUUCUCUUCAAAGACCAAUUUAACAGCACACGCACGAACACACACUGGAGAGAAACCUUUUGUAUGCUCAAUUUGUGGUAAAAGAUUCUCUAGAAAGACGCAUUUAAGAGCACACACGAGAACACACACUGGAGAAAAAACGUUUUCCUGCUCAGUUUGCAGCGUAAGUUUCCGCGUACGUUCAACAUUGGUUCAGCACACGAGAACACACCAAGGGGAGAAAACUUUUGUUUGCGCCUUUUGCGGGAAAGGAUUCAUGCGUAAGGAAAAAUUGAACACACACACAAGAACUCACACUGAAGAAAACCCUUUUUCCUGUUCCGUUUGCGGUAAAAGAUUUUCCGCGAUGAUGAGUUUAACAACACACACCAGAACACAUAGUGGUGAGAAACCUUUUGUCUGUUUAGUUUGUGGUAAGACAUUCACGCGUAAGGAAAAACUGAACAUACACACAAGAACACACACGGGAGAAAAACCUUUUGCCUGCUCGGUUUGUGGUAAAACAUUCACGCGUAAGGAAAAAUUGAACACACACGCGAGAACACACACCGGAGAAAAACCUUUUGCAUGCACAGUUUGUGGUAAAAGAUUUUGCAAAAAGACAAGUUUAACAACACACACAAGAACACACAGUGGUGAGAAACCUUUUCGUUGCAGUGUGUGUGAUGUAAGAUUUAAUGAAAAGCGUCAGCUUCGGAAACACAAGUGUGCUGGUGAGAGGCGCAGCGGUCAGUGAAGCUGCAGAUUAAAUUGAAGAAGCAAAGGCUGCGUUGGGAAUUGCUGCAUCACAGCAGGAAACUAAUUUGUGCGGAGAAGAUUUUUUUUUGCUGCUGUGCCAAGUUAUUAAAAGUAAGAAUAAUCAUUCAUUUUAUGUGUCGGCACCUUUCAGGGCAAUCGAAGUCACCACACAAACGUAGUUUAAAGAAGUCAAGCAAUACAAUAAAAGUAACGGAACAUAAAACAUAAAUUUAAAUGUUUCAGAGACUCGGCAGUCCGGACUAGGUGUGUCUUAAAGGGUUAAUGAGUCUGUGUUUCGGAGGUCAGGUGAUAGUGAGAUGAACCGAAGUCAUUUACUGUAUGUGUUUUGUUUCUAAAUACAUGAAGUUUGAAGACAACUGAUACAAACAUGCAAAGACCAAUAGAGAACAAUAUAGUAUUGAAUUGUUGAGUUUGAGCUUAAACUGUUUUUUACGGAGGCAUAUUGCAUUCACUUGGAUUAAAAAAAAAAAAAAAAACUCCUGUUUUUCUGAGUAAUUUUUUUUGAGGGCUUUGUUUUUUUGAAUAGUUUUUUCUGUUUUUCUGACAUAUUUUUUUCGGACUCACUAAUGGCGGAUUACUGCCGGGCCGGGAUUGUGGCACAUACGCCGGCGAAGCCGAUUCCGGCUGUGUCCCGAUAACUCAGAAAAAAAUUAGUCAGAAGAACAGGUGGAAAAAAAUUCGGGUCGUGCUGACGUCAACAGGGAACAGCACGAGUCGGCCCUCCCCCCACAAUAUAAAAAACAAGCGCCCUUAUUCCACACAGUGGCCAUUCGGCAGAAUUGCCGUUUGCUUAUUCCUAAUAACUUGACCCAGAUCUACUAGUACAACGUGUAGUUAGCCACCAACGUAUACCCACAACUCGGAAGUGUAAUGUGUUAUUUGGGCUACAGCGUCUCUGCCAUCUGGCGUAGAGAGCCAGCUGUGAAUCGGACGAGAUUCGCCGCCCCGCGGUCCCUUACCAGACCGACAGCAGUUAGAGUCCCCGGACGUCUGGCGCAACGGCCCACAGCGUCUGGAAGCUGAAUGAAUGGGCCUCUCCGGAAAGUCCAAUCUCCGAAAUGAACCUUUAUGCCACUUUUUCUUAACCUUUUUCGGAAUACGUCAUGAAGUCAAGGAGAGAUGAGAUGUUUCAAAAGAAUUCAACUUAAUUUAAGAUGAAAGACGUGUCUUUUGAAAUAAUUCACACAUUCUACCCAUGUGAAGUGUUUCGACAGUAAUUUAAAAAAAAUAUAUAAAUACUUAAAUUAAGUCACACAACUUAUUAGGACCGUUAGACACUGUGAAAGUCAUUGAAACCUUGGAUCUAUGUGCUCUUGAAUGCAUUUUUGUAAAUUAGUAAUCUGCCUUAAUACCACUCAUUGUGUGUCACGCCCUGGGGGAUGUAUGUGUAUGUUCUGUGUUUUCUGAAUAAAUAUUAAUGGGAAAAAAGUCUAGCCUGCUUUUU